CGCCGCCGCCCCGCCUUAAGCCCGCCCCGCCCGGGUUGAGGGGAGGAACCGGCCGGGCCUCCGAGCGCGGCCCUGCCACCCCCGGAGUCGCUGCCACUCUUCCCAGCGCUCCAGACUCGAGGCUGCCCCUCGCCUCUCAGGCCGACGCCAUGAAGAUCAAGGAUGCCAAGAAGCCGUCUUUCCCUUGGUUUGGCAUGGACAUUGGGGGAACUCUAGUAAAGCUCUCAUACUUUGAACCUAUCGAUAUCACAGCAGAGGAAGAACAAGAGGAAGUUGAGAGCCUAAAAAGUAUUCGGAAAUAUUUGACUUCUAAUGUGGCAUAUGGAUCCACUGGCAUUCGGGAUGUACACCUUGAACUGAAGGAUUUAACGCUUUUUGGGCGAAGAGGGAACUUGCACUUUAUCAGAUUUCCAACCCAGGACCUGCCUACUUUUAUCCAAAUGGGAAGAGAUAAGAACUUUUCAACAUUACACACGGUGCUAUGUGCUACAGGAGGUGGUGCUUACAAGUUUGAAAAAGAUUUUCGUACAAUUGGAAACCUCCACCUGCACAAACUGGAUGAACUUGACUGCCUUGUAAAGGGCUUGCUGUAUAUAGAUUCUGUCAGUUUCAAUGGCCAAGCAGAGUGCUAUUAUUUUGCUAAUGCCUCAGAACCUGAGCGAUGCCAAAAGAUGCCUUUUAACCUAGAUGAUCCCUAUCCACUGCUGGUAGUGAACAUUGGCUCAGGUGUCAGUAUUUUAGCAGUCCAUUCCAAAGACAACUAUAAGCGAGUGACUGGGACAAGCCUUGGAGGGGGUACCUUUCUGGGCUUAUGCAGUUUAUUGACUGGCUGUGAAAGUUUUGAAGAAGCUCUUGAAAUGGCAUCCAAAGGUGAUAGCACCCAAGCUGACAAGCUGGUCCGAGAUAUUUAUGGAGGAGACUAUGAAAGAUUUGGUCUGCCAGGUUGGGCUGUAGCAUCUAGUUUUGGGAAUAUGAUUUAUAAAGAGAAGCGAGAAUCUGUUAGUAAAGAAGAUCUGGCAAGAGCUACUUUAGUUACUAUCACCAACAACAUUGGUUCUGUGGCACGAAUGUGUGCUGUAAAUGAGAAAAUAAACAGAGUUGUCUUUGUUGGAAACUUUUUACGUGUAAAUACUCUUUCAAUGAAACUUUUGGCAUAUGCACUGGAUUAUUGGUCAAAAGGUCAGCUGAAAGCAUUGUUUCUAGAACAUGAGGGGUACUUUGGAGCAGUUGGUGCUCUUCUUGGGCUGCCAAAUUUCAGCUAAAGCAUCAGAAAUUUCUCUGCUAAUAAAUGUCAUAAAAGGAGCUAAAACUGGAGACAUUUAUCACUGCAUUGUUUAUCACUGGGAACCAAAGGAUAAAAAAGUAGCAUUCUUGUUUUCAAAUGUCAGGAUGGUAAGCUCAUGAAUAUUGUCACUAAAAAUGAGAGCUCUGUAACAUGAAGUAUUUCUCAUUGAAAUGUUUUUCCUUUUGUAUAUAGCCAGUGUUCAAUCUUAAAAUGUAGUCUAGCCUCUGAUUAUUGAGCUUUCUCUCAAAAAGAUUUUCUAUUUAUUUUAUGUAGCCAGCAUUGCAGUACUGUAUGCUCAAUCACAAAUCUUUAAAGUCCGAGAAAUGUUUUACAUAUGAAAAAUAAUUGAUUCUGAGUAUUUGCUACAAGUCUGUUUUAUGUGUGUUUUCGUUACUUGUGAGCAGAGAGUAAUAUACUCUAUCAAAAUUUAUUGUAAUGGCAAUCAAAAAUAAUCAUUUUAUGUGAUUUUAGAAAUGUUAAGGAGUUAAUUGUGGUUUUUCUAACAUACCCACUCAGAAAAGCAUGUUUAUAUGAUCUUUCCCCAGAAGUAUAACUUUCCUCAAAUGCCAUAACUUAAUUGAAUAUAAUUUAACUGAAAUACUGUUCAUAAAUAUUAGCCUGAAUUUUAAAAUCUCUGGAAAAUGCACAUAUUUGUUAACACUACACUUUCUGUAUUUUAUGAGUUGAUCAACAUGUGUUAAGAGGUUAAUAUUUUUAAAUUGCAGUAAUUAUUCUGGAGUUUGUUAUAAUGAGGUCUUUGGGCCUCAAAUGGAAUAUGGUUUGUGUGAAUUGACAUUUAUCUCAGGUCUAAACUUACACAUUGCUCCUUGUUAGUUAGAUCUGAACUAUGAAGGCUAAGGAUGUUGUUCUAUUAUGAACAGCAACAACAGAAUCACCUUUGUUCUAAAUGGAUGUUUUGAAAUUUUGUGGGAAUCUGAGGCGGUAUUACACAGUUACAAAAGGAUCAGUGUUUCAGAUAUUCUGGUAAUAAAAGCAUUAUAGUUCCAAAAUUUGUAAAUGCUUUUGCCUUGAAAUUUGUUCUCUAUUCUGAAUUCAUCUUUUAUAAUGUUAUAAAAAUGUUCAGGUUUUUACAUUGACAGUAACAUUUUGGAGGUCCAGUAGUUAGUGAAGUUGUUCAAGUCUGUUGCUUAUGGUUUAGGAAGUAAAUCGACUUGGGAAGAAACUCACCUCUAUAAAUUACCAGUAAAUGUAGAUGUACUUUGAAGAGCUUAAAAAUUGUUUACGUUUCAAAGGAAGUAUUAAUCACAUGUAGGCCCCAGUAUUGCUCAGUAAUGAGCAGUUUUCAGUGGACUAUAUCAAGAGGUGGACAUUUCUCUGUGUAAUUUUCUAGUUUUGUGGCCAAGUGUUUAAAAUUCAGUUUGCUUUACCUAGACAUAAACCUAUAAAUAAUAGGAUAGAAUAUUUAAGGGGAAAACGUCAUAACAGUAAUGUUUUAUAAUUUAUACUACUUGGAACUUUGUAUUCAGGUUACCCAGUAGCUAUUUUAUAAGCCUACAGUGACUUCACAUAUCUUGCGUUAAGAUUUCUAUGGCAGUGACUGGCUAUUGCAGCUGCAAUACUAUUGGUUCAUUUUAUUUUAAAUGUUUCUGAUUUGGGUAGUUGUACAGGUAAGAAUUUUGAAUGAUAGUAACUACAAGUUUUUUAUAUCUGUGGCAAACUUUAUAUGUUACCAGUAGGUUUAGGGCAGUCUUUAAGAAAAAUAGAACAAAGAAUGUAAAUUAAUUUGAUCACUAUACUUUGGUUAAUAUGGAUCUGUGAUUCAUGUUUUAGCCUUUGAAACUGAAAUUACCUGCUGAAAUGCAUGUAAAAGUGAACAACCAUCUCCCCACUAUUGCUCUUAGCUUUUUCUAUACAUAAUAUAAAAUUAUUGGAUUAAUUUGUAAGGAUGUAGAAUUGUGAAGGCCAGGAUUCUAACUUUUUUAAAUUUUGAUCUCAAGAAAUUCCCUCAAAUAGUACUGUGAUUAAAUAGGUUUGGUUCUAAAGUCAGUCAGCAUGUCUCAAAGGUCUCUAUCAGUGGUGGCAAACCUAUGGCAUGGGUGCCAAAGUGGACUGCUUAUAUCAUUGAAAGCUCUAACAGAUUCACCAUCACUGGUCUAUGUUCUUAAGCAGCGCCAUCUUAGCAGAAAUGAUAUGUAAAUUUUACAUUUUCUAGUAAAUUUUAUAUUAACUAGUAAAUGUAUUAAAAAAGUAACAAGCAGGUGAAGAUUGUUUUUAUUAUAUAUUUUAAUUCAACGUAUCCAGUAUGUUAUUUAAACUUGUAAUCAACACAAAAAAUUAUUUGGGAGGUAUUUUACCUUUGUUUUUAAACCUUAGUCUUCAAAACUAGUUUAUAUUUUACAUUUACAGUAUAUCUCAAUUUGGACUGGUCACAUUUGAAAUGCUCAGCCACGUACAAGUAAUGGCUGCUGUUUUGGAUAGUGCAUUUCUAGAACUGCCUCUUAAAAGUGAAGGCCAUCCUGUGUUCAUAAAAACUUUCUGAAUGUGGACUUUUUAAAAUUAAAAAAAAGGGCCGGGGAUCUAGCUUGCAAGUGGAAGGACCCGAGUUCGAUCCCCGGUACCAAAAAAAAAAAAAGUAAAAUUAACAAAAAAAUGGGAGCCUGAUUUUGUAAA